AUGGCGGCGGCAUUGGGUCGCCUCCUUCCGAACUUGGGUGGUCCGCGGAAUAAAGUCAGGAGACUUUACGCGAACGUCGUGCAAUCGGUGCUCUUCUAUGGAGCACCGGUGUGGGCCGAAAGGGUCACGGCCAGUCGGCGCAUACAGGCGUUGCUACAUCGUCAACAGCGCCGGCUGGCCAUUAGGUUGAUCCGGGCCUACAGCACGACGUCGUACGCGGCGGCCACGGCUCUGGCGGGCCUCAUCGCGGCCGAGUUCCUGGCGAACUCGUACGCUGAAUUUUAUCGGCGUACGAGGGACCCAGACCGGACCGGGAGGGCUCGCCUAUUGCCACGAGUCGUGGCCAGACUACGGACGGACGCCCGCCGGGGAGCCUUGGAGGCAUGGCAGACCUUCUUGGCUGGCUCCACGGCGGGUAGAUGGACCACCCAGGCCAUCCAACCCUGUCUUCCCGAAUGGGCGGACAGGAGGGGACACGGUAUCGGGUUCCACCUGACACAGGUACUCACCGGACAUGGUUGUUUCGGUGACUACCUGUGCAGGAUAGGUAGAGAGUGUACGACAAGGUGCCACCACUGUGCGGCCGGUCGGGACUCGGCGCGACACACUCUAGAAGAGUGUGAAGCAUGGGAGGGAGAGCGUCGGGUCCUGACCGCAGUGGUCGGCGAGGACCUCUCCCUACCAGCAUUGGUAAACGCCAUGCUGGAGGGAGAGGAUAAAUGGAGGGCUGUCUCCUCCUUCUGUGACAAAGUAAUGUUUCAGAAGGAGGAGGCGGAGAGAAUAAGGAAGGGGGGAGGCGCACACUCCGAAGCGUAUCCCUCUCCUGUUUCCAGGCGGGACAAACCUCUAGUGUAUGCUGGGCCGUGUCAAUUCCGUUAUUGCAAUGGUCGCAAUUCGGGAAAAUAG